AUGUUCCUCCUCCCGCGCCUUCCGCGCCUCCUUCUCCUCAUCACGGUAGUACUCAUAAGCAUCUCACUCACCACCACCACCGCCUCGCCGACACCUUCCCCACAAUCCGCUGGUCCCGCUGGUCCCGCUGGUCCCGCGAAGCCGGGAAGGAAGUGCAUGCAACGUCUCCGACGCCGCGCAUGGCAGGUCCUGACCACCCGCGAGAAAAAGAACUACAUCAACGCGGAGCUGUGUCUCAUGUCUCGGCCCGCGCAAACGGGCCUCACAGCCGCCGUGACACGGUUUGAUGAUCUGAUCAAGGCGCAUCAGGUGCAGGCGGUGGUGGUUCACGGUGAUGGCUGGUUUCUGCCGUUUCAUAGAUUGAUCAUCUGGGCACACGAAAAGCUCCUCCGUGAGGAAUGCGGGUACAAAGGCACGCAGCCGUACUGGGAGCAAACCAUCACUGUCGGGCGGGUGACGAAGUCCUCGCUCCUCUCGCCGACCACGGGCUUCGGCGGCGGCGGCAGCGCCCCCGAUUACUGCAUCGUCGAUGGGCCUUUCACUAACUACACUCUGCACACCGGCCCCGGCCACGAAAACACCGAGCACUGCAUCACGCGCCGACUCGACGAGUCGUGGAGCUAUGGCGCGUCCGCAUCGAACGUAUCGGCGUGUCUGCAGCACGACAGCUAUGCAAAGGCGUGGCCGUGCCUGGAGUUCGCGCCGCACUUCGCCGGGCACAAUUCCAUCGGCGGGGAGAUGGCGAAUCCGAUCUCUUCUCCUGGGGACCCGCUAUUCUACCUCCACCACGCCUGGCUCGACAAGCUAUGGUGGAACUGGCAGGCGCGGGACCUGCCGGCGCGGCUGGUGGACAUUGCGGGGUACACGUCGCUGGCCCAGCCGGCUACGGGCUGGGUCAAUGCCACGCUAGACGAUGCGCUGAAUAUGUUUGGCAUCGUACCGAAUGCUACGGUCAGGGAGGUCAUGGAUAUCGGCGGAGAUCUGCUCUGCGCUGAGUAUGUCGAGUAUGUCAGGCCGAGGUGGGGCGAUGGACUGAGGAUCGGGGAGACGGCGAGGCAGGGGGAGGAGGAGGAGGCGGAAUUUUAG